UUUGAUAGAAUCUACGUUUUUUGUCAAGAUAUGUAUCAAAAUUUCCUUCUAAUCUUACUUUAUACUCCAUUGUUGAUCAGAUUAAAAAGUAUGGUGAAUAUUCAGAGAAGCGUUCACAAUUUUUUCUCUUCCAAGAAAAUCAAAUUGCCAGAAGAAUGGAUUGAAGCUUGUAUUAACUGGCUCCAAGAAGAGCAUCCAAAUGAACCACAGAAUAUUACAAAUGCAGGGUGGAUGUGCCAGAAAGCCUAUGAACAAUGGCUGUAUACUGACCUGGCAGAGCUUGGCUGUGGCUGCUUGCCUGCAAAUUUGAAUGCAGGCUCCCACACCUUACAGGAUGAUAUGGUCCUCCAGAUAAAUUCAGUGCAGGACGUUGGUCGUCCGAGUUAUGCUCAGCUGCAGCAGAUAAGAAAAGAUGACACACAGAACGCUCAGAUCGACAUGGAUCAGGCCAAGCCGCAAGCAUGGGAGCCAAAACCCAAUCGCCUGCUGCUGCUGUCUAUGACUGAUGGAGUAACAGAAAUCCAGGGAAUGGAGUACACGCCUCUGACGUGCCUGUCUUUGCAAACUAAACCUGGCACCAAGUUGUUGGUGAAGCGUGGCGCUGAGGUGCGGUGCGGGGUGCUGCUGCUCACGGCCGCCCACGUCUAUGUGCUUGGCGGUGCAGUCGAUGCGCUUCUCGUCACCAACGCCCUCGAGAAUAACCUCAGGAGGCAGCUGGGCCUUGAGGAAGUGGAAAGACCUGCCGAGUACGAAGAGCUGCCGACUGCAGCGUUGGCGUCUGCUAGUCAGGCAUCUCAAUAUUAUCCUGGUACUCAGAGUCAGAGAACAUACAACACUCAAGAUAGAGUUCCUUUGAGACCCAUCACGCAGGUCAACAGCUCCAACCACAACACUGGUCCGUCUGCCCCUGCGAUUGAGCAAAGCCAGUCUGGCUCUGCAGCUGAUUUGGCCGAGUUUGAGCUGGAUGACGAACUUGACGCUGACAUGGAAGCAGCUUUGCUGGAGGCCGAGUCGGUACUUGACUGUGCCCCAAGCUCCCACGAUAUCACCAACCCCGAAAUGAAACAUGGCAUCAAUAGAAAUACAACUGUCACGUCUGCAAAUAAUUCUGUACCCGGUCUUGAUAAUUCGUCCGGAAACAAUAUCAAGAAUAUUAACAAUAAAAUUUCUAAUAAAAGCGUGAAUAACAUUUCUUCAUCGCUUCAAAUCGGAGGUUCUGCUCCUUUCAUUACUAUAAGCCCCAAGCCUUCUAAAAGUCGGAUUCUGCUUCCGUACAACCCAUUUGUGGCUCCAGGCCCUGACAACCAGCCUUCUAAACCCGUCACCACCGCACCAGUCACUUCAACCUCACGCCCUGCCCCACCUCCGACUGUAUCUUCCAAAGACCUUUCGCCUACUUCGGCUGGCGGAGAUUUUGAUGACGACGACUUCUCAGAACAGGACUUGAGUGUCUUGGAAGAAGAAUUAAAGCUCGUCGAAUCCCAAGAGAGCCUCAACACCGGCAAUACGUUUAAAAAAUGUCAUCAGUCAGAAAAAUUACCCCAGGUUACGUCAUCCGGCGAUUUUCGAUCUUUCAGUAGUGAAAUUAAUCCUGUAAAAGUUUCCCCGUCACUCAAUUUAACUCCUUUCAAUCCGAAGGUUCCCAUAAAAUCUAAUGAAACCUCCACGCAAAUGCCACAUUCGCUGCAGUUGAAGCAUGCCUCAUCAGCCCCGGUUUCUUCUACUAGACAAACGUCAAACGGGGUUGAAAACACCAACGUUGGAAACGAGUCAUUAGCUUCGAUUAAAACAGAAGAUAUUCAUCGAGCUUCAAUAAAACGGCCUUCCGAGCCAAGUCCUAAUAUUUCAUCUAUGUCGCCAACGUCCUGCAAAGUUCGGAAAUUAAAUAGCUUGGAUAAUUCUUUAAUGCCUUCAAAUAAAUGUACUGAAGAUGUGAGCAUCUAUGCAAGUAAGAUUGGUGCAAUAAAGAAAGGCAGCAAGACUCUGAGCGCGGAUAAUGUUUCUAUAGUUCGACCAUUGUGUGUUUCUGGAACUGUUCUUGAAGACGAGGAAAACUAUAACUGCAAGCUUAGUUCAGAUAUAAUCAAGAACGAACAUGUGAAAGGGCGAAUAUUAAAGUUUAGUGAGAGGGCCAAAACUGAACCUCCUUUCACCUACUUGAUGUUUCUGCCUGAGUCUCCCGACAAGGAACAGGAGUUCGUGGUAAAGGCGUUCGUGAUGACUCUGCUGUCACGACUGGAGCAGAGCGGCGGCGAGUGGCGUCUCGCCGUCCGUGUUGACGACGGGACUGCAGGUCUCGACGUGCAAGUACAUGACCAGGUGCUACGCAAACUCAUCGGUGUGAGUGUUUCUGAAAUGCGCGAACUCAAAGCACAAGCUUCAGCGGACCCUUCCGUAAGGACGGCUCUCAGUCAGAAACUGUUAAACUGUCAGCGCCAGUUGAUCUCGCUGUGCUCGCUGAUAACAGUGCGCGUCUCGCCUGACCUGAAGCGCCCUCUGCUGGUGAACAUCGCGCCCUACAACGACACUCACGUCCUGCAGCUGCUGAGACGUGUCAAAGAACUGUCUUGAUCCGUUGUCAACACUUUUAUUUAUUCCUCAUACAAGGCUUUUCUCCCUAUGCAAUUUUAUUGGUAAAUGCCAGCCUGUGCUUUUAAUGACAAUGACUUUCCCCACGCGAUUUUUUCCUCUAAAUCACGUUAUUUCUUGACCGAGUCGAAAAGUCACUGAAUUUAAAUUUUUUGUACACUCGUGUAAUUAGUUGUUACUUGUUUUUUUCUUGGAGCUGUACCAAAGUUUAUCUAUCUUUUAAAUUUUUUAUGUUUUUUUAUUACUAAAAUGCGUUUGGAUUAAAGUUCAAAAUGAGGUCUAGGUUCGUUGGGAUGAUACGUGCUUGUAAAUACAACGAGGGUCGCUCGUGUCACAAGAGCCCGCUUGCUCACCACAAAUCAAUACCAUUGCCAAAUCUCUGCCAGUUCCAUUUUCGAAAUCUCUCUGUACAAAUUCAUCUAAAUGUGGGUAAAAGACUUUUGAUUGAUUUUCGUUGUAAUUCAAUGUGAUCGUGUCACUUUUUUCGGCUGCGAUUUUAUGCAAAGUUGUCUUGAAUGUAUCCGAAAUUGUUCUACUGUGCCGAAUGUGCGAAUAAAUGUGGUAUAUAUGUUUGAAAGUUUAGCUAAUUUUAACACAAGUACCUGCAACGCACAGACUCUCGUUUUUUAAGUACAAAUGCAAGUUGGGAAAG